AUAACAACUGCGAUGUGUCUUUGAGCAGGGUGUUUCUGCGAACAUCUGGCCUCCAUCCAUGGUUUUAUCUGGAGACAAUAAUCCAAGUGUGUCUAGUUUAGUCUAAAUGUAACGUGCGUUUGUCUCAUUGUUCAGCCGAAAUUAGUUUUUAUUUCUUAAGCAGUUUCACUCCGGGACUACCGACCUGUGACAGCGGUGGUGGAGGAGAGACACCUUUCCGUAAUCACGCCGGUCUCCUCUGUGCAUACCCGUCUACCUGACCUGAAGAAGUGCUGUGUGCCAUGUCUCUGCCACGCACACUUGGGGAGUUGCAGCUCUAUCGGGUGCUGCAGAGGGCCAACCUGCUGGCCUAUUAUGAAACCUUCAUCCAGCAGGGUGGUGACGACGUGCAGCAGCUCUGCGAGGCAGCAGAGGAGGAGUUCCUUGAGAUCAUGGCACUAGUUGGCAUGGCCACCAAGCCGCUGCAUGUGCGUAGGCUCCAGAAGGCCCUCCGAGACUGGGCAGCGAACCCUGCCCUUUUCAGCCAGCCAGUUUCUAAUGUUCCUCUCGGGGGCAUCCCACUAUUCAAAGUGGACGGGACAGGCACUAGUGGACCAGCAGGCGGGCCCAGGAAGUCUGUGAGCAAUGGACAGCCGGGGUCUCCGUGUGAAAGGGAGGACCGGACGUGUCUUACUCCAAUGCACAGUGGGAGUCCGAGAAGCCCUUGCUCCCAGGCCUCCCCACAGCCACCAGACACACACUACAGGGAAAAACUGUCACCCAUGGACCCACACUGGCUCACCCCAGAGCCUGAUGGAAACUGCACUUUGGCUUCUGCAUCUGGAAUAGAGGAGGAGCCGCCCAGCCCGCCGCUGCUGUCAACAUGUCCUCCAGGACCCUCCACGUCCCCGAGCCCUUCUGCUUCUUUUACCCCGUCUGCCCUGUCAGCCUGGCCUGGAGGACAGCUGGAUGGGGAGACAGCGAGGGCGGUGGUGGAGAGCGUGGACAGGCUCCUCAGGACCCUGCCCAGAUCAGAUCCUGCAGAGGUGAAGACCCUUCUUAGGAUGAACAAGAAGAUGGCAAAGACUGUGGGGCACAUCUUCAAAAUGGGGUCCCAGGAUGUGAACAAAGAAGAAGAGAUCCGGAAGUACAGUCUCAUAUACGGACGCUUUGACUCCAAGAGGAGAGAAGGGAAGCAGCUCACACAUCACGAGUUGAUCAUCAAUGAAGCUGCAGCUCAGUUCUGUAUGCGCGACAAUGCCCUUUUGCUGAGACGGGUGGAACUAUUUUCUUUGGCUCGGCAGGUGGCGAGAAAAUGCGCCUACACCUCCACACUAAAGCAUGCAAGGACAAGUGCAGAUGAGAGCAUCGUACUGUCCCACAAGAGAGCGAGGCACGAGGUAAUUGUGCCUGAGAGUGUGUCAUCACUCCUCGGAGUGGAGUGCUCAGAGGGCUUCACCCAGAGGGCCGAUGAUGACAGCUUAUCUGCGGAAAGCCUCGACAGUGUGUCACAUGACAUUGGCUCACAGUGCAACCAGUCUCCAUCCCCACGUCCCCACACUGACACCUCCAACCCUAACAACUGGAGUCGCCACCUCAUACAGCAAACGCUAAUGGAUGAAGGGCUGCGAUUGGCUCGGAUGGUGUCACAUGACCGGGCUGGCAAGAUCAACCUAGGGUCAGAAGGAACUCACUCUACAGACCUUGACAGCAAAGUGGACAGGCGGAGCUCGAUAACAGCGUGCAGGAGCAGUAGUCCUUGCAUCACCAAAGACGAAUCUAAUCACCGCGGGAAAUGAAAAUGCUCCGGCGGCUGUCCGGGAACUCCUUCUCAAGCCUGCCACUGAAGUCUGCGUCUGCUAUACAGGCUGUUGCUGAGCAUCACUGAUAUCUGAUGAGGAGACGACUCUUACCGACUUCAAAAUCAGUACAGUGGAUGUAAGAAUCUACCAGUGACUGAACCUGCAGUGACUUCUAAAAAGUUCGAAAUGUUCUGUUUUGACUUUAUACUGAGUAAAUAUGUAGGGGAGACACUUUGUUUUUUAAGUACAUGGACUACACGUCCUGCAGAUUUUAGCGGAUGAUGGCAGAAAUGAACUGAUUUUAUCAGGAAAAUCCUGAUAUUUUGUUAAAUUAAUACCAUUUUUGUGAGAGGUGAUGUGUGUUGAACGUGCCAAAUGAAAUAGGCUCUACACAGCAGGGGGCAGUGCAACUUUGGAAACAAACUCUUAAAUUACUCCAGUAACAUAUUGUAGUUAUGUAAAGGAAAUGUGGAUUCGUAUGGAGACUGAUAACAUUCUCAGCAGCUCCUCACCCUCAGGAAACAGAUGGACAUUGAUGGUUUUUGGAGUCAGUGUGUUAGAUAUUCUUUAUGAUUCAAAGAUGAGGAUAAAUAAAGUCCAUGAAGGUAGGUUAGUUUUAAGGAAAAAAAGGAGCGUUUGUGGCAUUUGUUGAUCUAGAUUUCAUACACACAAACACCACCAUCAGGUUCAGAGGCCUUUUGUUCCUUGCUGCAUCAUCUCGUCUCACCCAUGAGAUCUGAACAAGCAUGCUAAGGUUUAUGAGAUAUAAAGCCAUGGGUCUCCAUCAUCCACAUCUUUCUGUAAUAAUGUUUUGCACAAGCUACUGAUAUGGUGUUUGUAAGAGAUAAUACUUCAGGCUUGUGUUUGAGGCAUUUCAUUAUUUUUCGGUGUGGGAAAAUGUACUCAGAACACUGAUGCUUUAUUGAUUUCCAGUCAAAAGCUAAUUUUUCAGUGGCCUCUCUCGAAAGCGAAAUCAGGGUCGGCUACAGUGUCUUGCUCUAGGGCCCUUCAGCAGGGAGGCUGUCAUCAGAUGCUCUUCUCUCUCAUCAUUACUUUAAUCUCUUUUCCCAUAGGCACCAUUGUACAGCCUUUGAAGAAACUGCAUUCAGAACUAUGUUGCAAGAUUUAGAGAAUUGAAAAACAUUUAACAUGGCAUUUUCAGAAAAUGUGGUGACUAGUGUAGAUUUUUGAUGAGAUUUUAUUUAGGUGUAGCAAAGACUUAGAAUAUGGCAGUGUGUUUUGGGGGUGAUUUCUGUAGUCUUAGAUAUUAACUAGGUGAACCUUAUGUCAGUUUCCCUUUUUAAAAACUUUUGUUCUUUUGAGACUUAAAGUAAAUUGGGGUUAGUAAUAUUUAUUUUACUUUAUGAGCUUCAGAAAAAGAAAAAACACAUGCAGAGGUUUACAGAAACCUCAUGAUGGUGCUUGACUCUUGAUACAGCAGCUCCAAGUUACGUCAGACCAUGUGGCCCUGUUUUAAAUUGUUAAAAUGUAUUCAGAUUUCAUGUCAUGACAAGGCUCAUGUUGAUAAUGAUUAUAAACGCAAGGAUUUUUGUAUACUCAGUCUCAGAGUACGUCAGUGAGGUGGCUUUCAGUGCAUCAGUUACACCUGCCUGUUUCUUGAGCAUUAGUAACCUCCUCAGUUUAUUAUGUUGCGAACAGAUUAUUUAUUUUGUUACAUCUCAAUAAAUGUUAUUUUAUUGCUUAAA